GAUAGCAGCGCCGCCGCUGCCGCUUCCAGAGCUUCGCGCAGCGGCCGCUCUCCCGUCGUCCCGACUCGCGCGUGCGUAGCAGACGAAAAGAGAUCGCGAGCUCGCCCAGCGAAACGUUGCGCGCUGCGUUGUCUCGUUUUAGUUUCGGUUUCGAAACGGAGGAGGCUACCGAGGUGCUGCUCCCCGAUGUGUUCGUGUGUCAUCUUGUGCCGCUUCGCGCGUCGUGGUUCUUGUGACUGUGCGAGUGAGGAGUGCUGCGGAGGAUGCUCAGUGUUGCAUGGCUAACAUCUCCGCAGAUAAACCGGCGAGCACGAGCAGUGGAGCCGGUGGUGGCGGCGGCGGCGUGACGACGGCGAGCCGACGGAAACGCUCGUCGACGGCGUCGCAGCUCCCGGUGAACGGGACGGCGCUGUUGACGCACCCUGCCAACGACAUCAAGGUGGAACGGCUGUCGCCGGAGUCCGACACCGCGUCGCCGCAGUCGUCGCCGUCUCCGGCCCGGGUGUUCCCACCGGGCCUGGGGUUCGUGCUCGGGCUGCGGCCGGGCCUGGUGCCGGGGCACCCGUUCCCGCCCGGGGUUACGGCCGCGGCCGCCGCCCAGGCCGCGGUGGACAGACUCACACUCGCCGCGCCGGCGCUCAAGCAGAUGGAGAUGAUGACCAGGAACUACUCGGACUUCAUGCGGUCGCUGGCCGCCAAGUACAACAACCCCACUGGACAGGACGGGUUCGGCUUCAGCCCCAGCAAUGGUGCCGCGCCCCCGGGCCUGCUUCGAGGGUUCGAGCACCCGUUCCCGUUCAAGGCCGCGGGCACUCCUCCCCUCCCGACUUCUGGCCGCCAAAGCACGGGCAGCAACGCCGUGGCCGUCACGCCGACCUCCAACAUCGCCAGUCUCACUGGUGGGGGCCUCGGUCUCGGCAACAACGGCGGCAUCGGCAGCGGAAACCACCACAGCGACUCCGACUCCGGGAUGGCGACCCCGAACCACGCUUCGACCCACCACGGAACGCCGCACCACACGACGUCGCCCGCCGCGCAGCCCAGGGCGACCCCACCUCUCAAGACGUCCACGUCCUCUCCACCGUCGUCGCAGGAGCCUCAUCGUGGAAGCGCGCCCUUCAACCUCUCGGACUUCUCGUCGUCUCAGACCCUGCUGAACCUCGUGAGGACCGCGAGCGCACAGAGCGCCUCCCAACUCGAGACGUACCUCCGCGGCGCCGUCAAGAGACCCCACGAGGGUGAGCAGGCCCGGGCCGACCCGCUGGACCUCUCGGUUGGGACGGCCGUCAAAAGACCGCGGUCCACAGACAGUCCCAGAUCUGCCUCCAAGGGGGACGUGGACGGAGCGAUGGUGGCGGCGUCGCCGUCCAGGAAACAGGCGACGUCACCGUGGCUGCUGCUGGACGGCAGAGGCUCAUCCAAGUCGCCCAAGCUGAGGUGCGGGUCCGUGUGUUCGGACCAGGCGUCGCCCUGUGCCGCAGCCGAAGCGAGUCCCCAGGGUGUGGCCAAGUGGACUGUGGACGAAGUGGUGCACUUUGUCGCGUCCGUCGAUUCCUGUCAGGAGUACGCUGAGAAAUUCCGGGAGCAGUCCAUCGACGGGACGAGUCUGCCUCUGCUGACCGAGGACCACUUGACCGUCUACAUGGGAAUGCGCCUGGGACCCGCACUCAAGCUGAGGACGAGCCUGGCAAAGCUGACCGGGCGGUGCACGGUGUGCAUGCACUGUAUCCACUGCCACGGUGAAGACAACGACCGGAGGUCCACUUCGUCGGCGUCCUCGACACCCGCCACGGGCGGUUCGACGGGAUGCGCUCCAUUGCCGGCGUCCAGCACACCGCCAAUGGUUCCACCGGCGGCGACACCACCUGCUACCGUCUCCGCCAGCUCACCGGCUACGAGCAAGUGAACCUUCUGGGCUCACCGUACAAGUGCUACGGCAACAGUGCGCGUGAACGUACCUUCUUCUGAAGAUGUACUUCUGGAGAUGUCCUCUUCGUGAUGUCACCCGAGAGAUGUCCCUUGGCUUGUCUUCAGGCGGAAAAGCAAACUCUUCAAUCAGUGCUCAACAGUUAGAAUGCAAGUCCUGCUUGGAUUUCAGUGGACGCCUUGGAAAAAGGACGCCAACAAAGAAGAGGUCUGCAUCGUCAAAUCAUACGAGGUGUUUCUGCGAGCGUCUCUUGUCGAAAGAGGGAUGUGCAAGGAUCAUCGAGAACGGGAACUGAUACUCUACAGUGUCGGCAGUGCGAAUGAGUGACGGUGGUCGGCGAUGACGUUAGAGGUACUUCGAUGAAACUGUCUACAAUUCCAUGGACUUCGCACGACACCUGCGGACUGUCACAGUGUUGGUUCGCUCAACGCCUUUUUUAUGUCGUGUUAGUCGUCGAGCCGCCAGACUUAAAACAGACUGUUUUGAAGAGGGCGGUGUCCCAACUCGACAAUGGACAAACGAGGCGCUUAAUUUAUUGACGGUGUGAACGUGGUGGGAUGAACUACCAUGCUGCUGGACGUCCCAGAAUCUUCCGUAGCGGACAAGAUGUGGCAGACGUCAAACGGCCUUUUGUUGUCGAUUCUUUUGUCUUGAUUUGUAUAUGCGGUACGUUCUGUCGGCCGUCAAGCUGUCACUCUCCUUUAGCAACGAUGAUGAUGGCGAGGGCUGGCGUCCGCGACAAGCGAAGAAGUGAUCGAACGACAUCAAACAGUAAAACGUAAUUAACACGUGAUGGGGAGCCGUGGUUAAUAUACGGGGACGAUGUCGGAUGAUCGGUGGCGUGCAGUGAGCGCGCAUGACUAGGUCGUUUGCGUCGAGUCAAGAGUUGAGAAAGCACAUCGUCAUCUCUUUUCUCCGUUUCUCAUUGUCCCACUGGACCCCUGUCGAACUUUUCAAACGACCACAACGCGAUGGAAAACCGUUUCGACAGUGGUCCGGAGGGAAAACUCUAGUUUGGCAUUUACAGCCUCAAAUGCCGUUUCACUUUCUAGUGGGCGCCAGAGGUGCGUCCACCCGAAGCCCAGUGAAUGUUGCGGGCGAAAACGCGACCUCGGAUAUUUUCACCCCAUUCCAGAUGUACUUGUCGUUCGGUUUUUCCAAGCUACUUCAAGUUUGUUCGUUUCUGAGUCAGUGAAGUAUUGAUUUGAGUUUCGUUUUCUUUUCUUUCUUUACGAGUGAAACAAAAGUACUCGGCUCCGAACUGUUCCAAAUGUGCACGACAUUGUAACAAGCAAUCGAUUCCUUUUAUUUCCUUCGGGUUUUCUUUUCUCUUUUGUGUGUGUGCGUGUGCAUGUGUGCGAUUGUGCGUGUGUGUAUGCGCAUGCGUGUAUGCGCGUGCGUGAGAGCGUCACUCAUGGUGGUUGACUCGUUUGUUGUUAUUUUUUUCGCCUGUGGUCGGACUCCGAAUGUUUCGGGUCUGCUUUUCGCUUGGGUGUUUUUCUUUAUUUGGUUCAAAUAUUUUUGUACGUAGUCUACAAAUAGCUCUGGUAUUGUCUUUUUUUUCAAGUUUGCUCUCUCGUAGGGUUGUUACAUUUCUUCCAUUUCUGUGUGAUCUUUCCGCGUUUGGUGAUCUCAUUCUAGUCGUACCCAAUGACGAAAUGGAAAGAAAAACAAUGUCCCUCAAAUAUAACUAUGACGCUUCGUGAACGAAGCCACAAAGACAAAGUGGGCCUUCAUGCUCUUGAGCACUGGCCAAAUCCGAACAUCCGGCGUGCUAACCACACUCUGUAGCCGGCGUCACGUGAUGUGAGCAGUCGCAUCUGAUUGGUGGUCAAACGUGUCUUCUACUACGUCACGGGACUCACCAAGUGAACCAACUGCCAAUCAAAAUGGGACUGCUUGCAUCUCGUACCACGGGGCGCAAGAUCACACUGUCUUUGUUGGUUUCGAUACGUCUGUUGAAUAUAUCGUUAUGCUCGAGCAUUUCCGCGGUACAUAAUUAAACCCCAUCUUGUAAUUAAAAAAAAAAAAGAAAGAAAAGGCAGACGACAAAAUAAAGGAAGUUUGAUUCAACUACUGAGAACGGCAAACAGCCGCAGCAUUCAGGAGUUGGUUAUGCGGAUGUGGAUAUUAUCUUGCUCACCUGAACGAGGAGCGUAGAACCGCUAGACGGAGUCUUUAUAUAACGCGACACGAUAAAUGGCUAUACAUACGAACGAUGGCAGAAAGCCCCCGAGUAAUAUAUAUUUAUUUUAUAUCCGUAUUCUCGUCGAUUCGUUGGCGCAGUCUUGUCGUUUCUCGAGGGACGAGACAAGGCGAGAAGCUGCGGCGGUCGGGUGAUAUAAACGUUACAAAGCGGUAUUCCGCACGUUACGGAGAGGAUGAUUGAGUAUGCAUAGUAUUUUGAUUUUUUUUGUGUUUUUGUUUCGCGCGGUGUGUUUUUCCCUUUUAUUCAUUGUUUUAGUUUCUUCGUUUUGACUGUGUAAAAAUCUGUCGAAUGUUUAAAAAAUGUAUGUAGGGUAUUUGUUAUUUUGACGUUGAACUGAUCUUCCAGACGUUUGGUUCUUACGUUCUACUCGUGGAAACAACAAACACUUAAAUAUGGCAGCGGUGCAGCGAGCGUCGUUACUUGAAUAAAACAAACAACAAAACAAUUAGUUUUCCAGCGCCCUGAACAGAGUAUGAUCACUCUCUAGUUUUCUGGUCUGGAAAAAGAAAAACAUCAUUAAUGAUAAUGAUUUGUAGGCUCUAGAUGUAUUCAUGGUUUAUUUCACAGUUUGCAAGAUUUUCACACGCUUUAUUCGGGACAAAAACUAUUCCAGAUAUAAAUUUACAGGGACAUUUCAAUAACAUAGUUAUCAAUCAUAUCUGGGAUAUAGAACCAAAAAAGAAAAGAAACCCACGUUUCUUAUAAUAUCAUACAGGAAAAGAGAAGUUCCCAAGGAACGUUUAAGAAAAAAUAACAAAAAAAUAUAUAUUUGCGGUGUGUUUUUGCAGUUACUUUUUCGACAAUCACUACCGACAGCGCGCGACCCAACUCAGAAAUACGACGGAACUCCGGGGGCAGCGGCGAACGACACCAGUGGCCGAAUCCCGUGUCUGUAUUAACGUCAUUCUCCUGAAACAAAUCUGCUCCUAGCACCGCAGUAUUCACUCGUCGUGUGUUUUUUUGGUUUUGAGUGUAUGACGCCGCCAUCUUGUUGUACUAUGUUUUCUUUUUUUUUCUUGCGUGAAUACGGCGACCUGAGUUUGGUGCGUGUGUGUUCUUUCUCUAUCCAUCGCGGCAAUAUGUCCACAAGGCCUCCCUGGUUUUCCUCGAAACAAACGCAAGUGAAACAUGAAAGAGAGAGAGAGAGAGAAAGAGAAAAAUGUGAAGUUUAAUAUAUUGAGUACCUCUAUUUAAGAAUACCAGGACGGUAGGUUUCGUUUGCGGACUCUGUACAUACCGAUGUAUAUGGGAUGUAAAAUCAAGAUGCAAAAUAUAAAGCGUCGUCUACCCGUGA